AUGUCCUCCUUUGCGAAAGCUGCCAAGGCGCAACGCCGCGCCCAUCGCGAGCGCGCUCAGCCGCUGCAUCGCUCCAAGUUUGGGCUCUUGGAAAAGGACAAAGAUUGGAAAACUCGUCGAGAUGACUACAAAUCCAAACAGAAGCGCCUGCGUGCCCUUGCCAUCAAGGCCCGCGAACGCAACCCCGACGAAUUUUAUUUCAGCAUGGUGAAGCAGCAAACCAAGAAUGGCCGCCAUGUUUUGAAGGACGACGAACUAGAACACUUGACUGCUGAGCAGCUGCAGGUGUAUCGCUCCCAGGACCUGGGAUACGUGGGCAUGCGCUUGACUCAGGAGAAGCGUCAGAUUGAGCGGCUACAAUCCGAUCUCCACAUGCUCGUCAACAGCCAGGGUAGCGGUCAUGGCAAGCACACAGUCUUUGUCGACUCGAAACAACAACUCAAAUCAUUUGAUGCUGCCAAGCACUUUGAUACGCCCCGAGAGCUACUCGACCGACCAUUCAAUCGGUUGCAUACUAAGCAGUUGCAGGAGACUGAACUCGUCAUGCCGGAGGCGCGUGCUCGCAAGAAAAUGAAUCGUGCUCGUAGCCGAGCGUACGAGGAGCUGGCGGAGCGCAAGGAUCGCGUCACUAAGAUUGCCAAGGUCGCCAACACUCUGCAGCUUCAGAAAAAUUUGGCUGAAAAGGGUGCACGCACCAAGGUCAAGGGCGGCAAAGGGAAGGCCCCCGUGUACAAAUGGAAGCAACAGCGCAAACGAUAGCAACUUGAUGCUGGCUGUUCGUGUUGCAUCCUGCCCCCGCCCCCCCUCUUUUUUUUUUUGUGUCUUAUGAGUUUAUGAAAGAGUGUGUCGACGGUUCUGUUCCACGGCUCUAACAAUCGAUCUCGCUGCGGU